AUGUUCAGCCAGAUACAGCAGGUUUCCGAGCAGGACACCCGCCUCGCACAGCACGUCGACACUGAGAUGGAGAGGUUGGAAGGCAUGCUGCACGGCCCAGCGCCGUCUGUUGAGUCCGAUCUCCAGAAGAUUUUCCAGGAUAUGGAGGACUUCAAGGGCAAGCUGCACGUCCUGAACCAGGUUCAGAUGCGACCAGAACGAUUUCAAUGA